CCGACGGGACGUGAUGUGAAUGCUGUGGUUUCUCGCGUUGGCCCGGGCCUGGCUGGGCUGGCCCUGCUGACUGCUCCACCCAGACACACCGAGCAGAAACACCGCAGUAAGGAAGCGGAGUUAGGCUGCAGAGCCGCGGAUGUCGUCGGGAGGAACAGCCUGCUGUCCCCACCUCCUCCAUUUCUGAAGCUGUCAUCUGAUCGGUCAUUUACCCACGUUAAAGUGCAAAGCCGAGCAGUGACGGGCUUGUUGUAGGAGGACCAUCUGUCGGAAUGCUCCAGCGUCAGGGCUGAAGCGGCUGAUGAACAUGGCUUCGGUGCGGAUGGUCGCUAAAGUUGGGACGGGACUUUGGAGAAGUCUUCAGCCUUUUCAAGGCGGUUUCACAGCUUCGCAUCCGGUUACAGUUCUUCACAAGGUGGCUACCCAAAGGAAUCUGUGUUUCCAGUGCAGCGCGUCGGAACCAGCAGUAAUACGAAAGCAGAGGCACAGCCUUGGAGGUGGGCUGUUAUUCAUCACUCGGCUCGCAGACUGGAUUAUCCGUCACAACAGCCACCUAAUGUUGAUUUACUACGGGAUGGUUCAACCCAGACAUCCUUACCUGAUCUCUGCAGCUUUGUUCUCAAGUUCUCCGCCUCCCUCCAGUGGCGUGUCUUUAAAGCAUCAACAUGGCCGCCUGGUUCUGGAGGUGCCGUUGCCGUCCAGGAAAGAGAAGUGUCUGUUCUUCCUGCGGCCCAUGCUGAUGACUGUGGGAGACCUGAUUGCUGACCUGCAGAGAGAGGACUCUGGAGCCACUGCUUCUCUUCUCUCUACAGACGGACAACGCGUUGCCAACAUGACGCUGCUAGACACCCUGCUGGAGAAGGACUUCCAACUCGUCAUCAACAAUGAAGUUUACAGAGUCAGCGCUCCUGAGAAGGUGGUCACCUCCAGUGAGCACGCCAGGAAUCUGGAGGACAUGAAACACGUUGUGCAACUCCUGCACACAGCGCUCCACCUGCCUGAACACCAACUGCUGCAGGAGAGGCAGCUGCUGGAGAGAAUGGACACCAUCAAGCAGGAGCUCUCACCUCUGGAGAAGAUGAAGGCCCAGCUGUCCCGUACUGCAGAGUUUCAGACCUCCAGGGCCCUCUGGACUGGCAUGGCCCUGUUGUCUGUGCAGGGCGGCGCUCUGGGCUGGCUUACCUGGUGGGUGUAUUCAUGGGACGUCAUGGAGCCCGUCACUUACUUCAUCACCUACGCUACCAGCAUGGCAGCCUUCUCCUACUAUAUCCUCACCAAGCAGGAUUAUGUUUAUCCAGAUGUUAAGGACAGACAGUUUCUGCGUUACUUUUAUAAGGGGGCCAGGAAGAAGCAGUUCAGCGUACAAAAAUACAACAAACUGAAGGAUGAACUCAAACAGGUGGAAGAGGACUUAAGACGUCUGAAAUAUCCAAAUCAACUUCAGCUACCGCUGGAGCAGAUCCAGCAGAAGCCAUAAAUGAUGUCAGCUGGAAGGACUGAGACUCAAACAGAGCCAAAUGUUUGUUUUAUUCUGAUGAUGCCGUAUUUUUAUCUUGAAGUCUAUGAUUCUGUAUUAGUAACCUUCUUGAUAUGGAUGCCGUAUUGUAUCCUCAAGAAGUUCACAAACAUUGAUAAUUAAAGUUGCAUUACAAAUAUUUUUAA